AUGAGGGACACUCUGCAGCUCCAGGAAGCCUUUCAGCUGGCGCAGAAGCCUCGCCAGAACCAGGCGAAGCUCGUCGUGUCUCUGAAGAACACCUACGCUCAGCUGGAGGAUAAAGAGGAGUUCCAUGAAAAGUUCAUCCAUUUCCUCAAGUAUGCUAUGGUAGUCUACAGACGGGAACCAGCUGUGGAGCAAGUGAUCGAUUUCGUGGCUAAGUUUGUUACUGAGAACAAACAUGGUAGUGAGGAGGAAGAAGAAGAAAAUUUACUUCUGAGUUAUGUGUUUAAAUUUCUGCUGGAGUCUCACAAUGCAAACAGCCAUGUAGUCAGGUUUCGAGCAUGUCAGCUUCUUAACAAGAUUUUGGGAAACAUGCCUGAGGAUGCCCAGAUUGAUGAUGACCUCUUUGAUAAAAUCAAUGAAGCUAUGCUGACUAGACUUAAAGAUAAAUUUUCCAGUGUGAGGAUUCAGGCUGUCUUGGCCCUGUCAAGACUUCAGGAUCCUACGGAUGUAAACUGCCCUGUUGUUACUAUUUACAACACAUUGCUGGAAAAUGAUUUAAACUCAGAAGUCAGACGUGCAGUGCUGUCGUGUAUUGCUCCAUCAGCAAGGACUUUGCCAGUAAUCGUGGGUCGCAUUAUGGAUGUAAAGGAAGGUGUCAGGAAGUUGGCAUAUGGGGUUUUGGCAGAAAAAGUUCACAUAAGAGCUCUGUCAAUAGCACAGAGAGUAAAAUUGCUGCAACAAGGACUUAAUGACAGAUCUGGUGCUGUUAAGGAGGUAGUGAAGAAGCUACUUCAAGCCUGGUUACGAUACACUGAAGGAGAUCUUUUAGAGUUGCUUCAUCGACUUGAUAUAGAAAACUGCCCAGAAGUGGCCUUCCCAGUGCUAAAUGCAUUGUUUUCAUUAUCCCCACUUCAUGACAUUGUUCAGAACUGUAAAAGCCUUGACAGCAGAAAACUGAUUCCAUUGGAAGACUUAACAGCUGAGAAUGUGUUACAUUGGAGAUGUCUCUGUGAAUAUCUGAAAUCAAAAGGUGAAGAAGGUGAAGAGCUACUGGAACAGAUAUUACCAGAUCCACCUGUAUAUGCAGAUUACUUAUUAAGUUACAUUCAAAAUAUGCCAGUUCUCAGUGAAGAAGAAAAAGAAGACUUUAAUUGUUUUGAGAACCUGAUGACAAAGGAAUUUAUAGGCCAGCAACUGAUAAGUAUCAUAGGCUGCAUGGAUACUGCGGAAGAGGGAGGAAG